UAAAAUUAUUUGGGUUAUCACUUUCCAACAAAAUUAAUAACAAAAAGUCAAAAGGAUUAAUUCUUUAUGAUUUAAUUCUUAUAUUAUCGUUAACAGGAUCCGUAUUUUGGAUUAUUGCCAAAAAUGAUUUUGAUUUAACAGAUAAAUUAUUUGAUACUCUUCAAUUAAUUGUCAUAAUCUUAGUGAUGAUUCAAAAUAUUUCAAAAGAAUUGAAAAUCGUAAAAGGGCUAAAAUUUCUGCAAAUAAAUGAUGAUUCCCUGUAUAUGAAAUGGUCAACACUGAUUAAUUUGGUUAUGGAAUUUUUACUUUGUGGUAUUUUAAAUUUUAUAGGAAUCUUUUUAUUAAAAUCUCAUCUCUGCUUAAUCACUAAACUCAUUUUAUUUUUAUCAAGUUUGAUACAAGUUUUAUUUGAAUGCCAGUUUAUACUUUAUAAUUAUUUAUUGUAUGCACAAUUUUCAAAUGUAAAUUUACUUUUAAUACAACCCACGAAUUCCUCAAUAUUUAAGAAAGUAAAUAUCACAAUAACGAAUCUACAAAACAUAAGAAAACGCCACGAAAAAAUUUGUAUAGCUUCGAGUUAUAUCAACAAUUAUUUUUGCGUACAAAUAUUAAUGGUAAUAACAUUAAAUUUUCUUGUAUUCUUAAAGUAUUUAUUUUCCUCUUACAACAAAAUGUUACAAUUUAAACACAACGAAAUUUUAAACACACAAGAAAUUAUUAGUGAGGUUAUUAUACUUUUAAAUAUUCUCUUAAGAUUAUUUUUGAUCUGUUACGUUCCAUCGUUAAUGAAAAAAUUCGCUAAUGAAUCAAUUCAAAUCUUAUUCGAAUUAAACAACACGUACGAUGAAAUUAUAGGAGACGAAAUAGAAAUAUUUGAGCAACAAAUUCAAGCGUGGAAUGUUAAUUCUUCAGCGUGUGGAUUUUUUAACAUAGAUAUGACAUUAUUUUUUAACGUAAGAAAUUAAAAUAAAUCAAUUUUUUGGAUGCAAUCAAACGAAUUUGUAUGAAAAGCAAUUUAAAAUUUUAAUCAAUUCUUUAUUUUAGAUUUUAUGUGGUGCAACGAUGUAUUUAUUAAUUUCUCUUCAAAUGGCAAGUGCAGAAUAGGUUUUUUGUACAUCACAGUGUUUUAUUUUUAGUAAUUUUAUUUAGAUUAGUAUCUCCCUGUUAGUAAGUUUAGCGCUUUGAUUUACAAAAUAAAUGACUAGUUGUCAAAAAUCAAAGUUUGUUUAUAACUCCUAAUCGCUUUAUUGUGAUAAUCAUGAAAAUUUGAUUAAUUCAGAUAUAAAAAAUAAUUAGAAAACCUAAACCAAUGUUUAAAAAGUUAAAGUGGAGAGCUAUUAAGAUGGCAAAAGUGCCAGAAUAUAGAAUAUCAACCCAAAAUUUACACCAAACAGUGACAUGUUAUGAAUGCAUUAGUUUCUCAUCCUUUUUUCACGAUUUUUCUGAACUCCAAAUGUGACAACUUUGACGAUCACCGAAACCAUCAAGAUAAAAAUGAGUUUCGUAAACGGUUUUGUUCGAAAAAUCAUAUCUGUACGUGGUCUACUGACCAGUUAGUUUCAGUUAUUGAGUCAAUUGAAGAUUACUUAAAAAGUUUGCAAAUUUUUUUAUGAAAAUGCCCUCACAUGCGACCCGACCUUCUUACUCUCCAAGAACUCUUCUCUCCCACCUCCAUUCCUCCCUACUUCUUCUCCCGUCUUUACAAAACUUCAUAAUCUUUGUCUUUUCGACAUUUACCGCCAACCCCUUCGCUUUAAAAUAUCUCUCCAGAGACCUUAUCAUCUCCUUCAGAUCUAAAAGUAUUUGGGAACUAAGUUUUUUUUAAUUAAUUAGGUAAGGUGGAGUAUUUAAUUCCGUUUUAUUCAUAAACUUGAUCUAUAAUAUGGAUAUAGAUCAAGAUAACAUUAUUAACUUAAUUAAGUAAAGCAUUGUGCACAAACACAUACAACAACAAACUCGGAAUAUCGUUUUUUUCCAUUAGCAACUAGUGAAACUACAAAUUCUUCCAAUUUUCAUAUUUUCGA